AGUGAGUAAAAAUGACCGCUUGUUCGCUGCCUCCCUGUCUGUGGUAGCUAGCUGCUCCGGGCUCAUCCAUCCCGCAGCAUCCCGCCGUGUUUCCCCCCGCACACGCCGCUCACAGGCCGGCCAGACCUUACUGUCCCCACCGGUGUCACUGUGUUUAUCUGCCGGUGCUGGUUCUGGUGUGACUCGGCCUGUGUGGCGCUCGUGUUCUUUCGGGGAUACAGUGUGUGAGCGGGGGGCUGGAGGAGGGACGAUGAGCCCGGACGGCCCCUCUGAUGUUCGGGGUUUGUUUGUGAAACCUGCGCGGCUAACGCUGCUAGCAGGUCCGCUAGCUGCUGCUAGCCGCCGUUAGCUGCUGCUGCUGCUGCUGCUGGAUGGAGCCAGGCGGCCGGUGUAGCUGCCAGUUAGCCCCGCAGACCCGCGGAGCGGACCGGCCUGAGCCCCGGGAGCCUGUGGGGCUGCGGAGGAGGCACAUAUUCAGUCCGCAGGUGCGUUGCCAGGGGCAACAGCUGACUGACAAUGUCCUUGUGAGAGUGGGUGGGGCUACCUGGCCCUGAGUUGGUAAGGAGGAGGAGGAGUCUCAACCACCCCACCCCUCCCCCCUCCCCUCCUCCUGCGACGGACCAAACGGACGGACACACAGACGGGCGUGGCUCUCCCCUCCCGCCUCCUCCUCAUCCUCCUCCCCUCUCCUCCCCGUUCUCUCCCCCUCCUCUACCUGUCUCCUCGCCGCCUCUCUUUCGCACCCCCACCCUCGGCCCCCCUGUCCCCUGCCACCAUGCUGUGGUCACGCUGCUGGUGGAGAGCCUGAGGAAGCAGACUCUGGAAGGCGACCCUGCUCAGCCGGGGGACUUCUACCUGUCCCUGCUGGACCCGAAAACCCUCGCAGAGUGCUGGCCCCCAGAUGGCUUGAUGCCUGAGAGCAGCUACUGGCAGCUCUGCCCUCCCUCCAAGUCCGGCCUGCAGGGGGGGUUACUGAGCUCUAGUUUCCCCCCCGGCCCCGUGCCCCUGGUGCCCCCAGAUGCUCACCUGCAGGAGGGAGGCGACCCCCUGGACGGGGCCCCCUCUCAGCCGCAGCAGCACCGGCCCCUGGCGCCCAGCACCUCAGCGUCGGAGCUGUCCCUUCCCAGAGCGGCGGCAGCGGCGGCACCCCCUGGCCCCGGCCCCCCUCCGCCUCCUCCCCCGCCCCCCAAACGCCACUGCCGUUCGCUGUCUGUGCCGGAGGACCUGUCGCGUUGCCGCUACACCUGGCGGCCCAGCGCUUCACGGGUCUGGACUCCCGUCAGUCGCCAGCAGUGCCACGGGGGAGCUGGGGGAGGUGUAACAGGUGGGGGGGCAGGGGUGGGGGGAGGGGGUAUAGGGGCAGGUGCAGCGGGGGGAGGAGCCUGUCCUCUCCGCGCCCCCAGCUCCUCUCUGAACUCGUCGCUGCACUCCUCGUCCAGCCCCACCUUCUUCAGCCUGGCGCUGUCUCCGGACUCGCCACUGCCCUGGAGUUUCCCCUGGGACCCCAGCGAGGCUGCUGCAGGGGGAGGAGCCUGCUGCUGCUUCUUCCCCUCCCCUUCCUCCUGCUCCUCCUCACCCUCUCCCCUCCACCCGCCUCCCCCUCCUCAGAGGCGUUUCUCUCUCUCCCCCGUGCUCAUCAGAGACUCGGCAGCCUCCACCUUCCUGCCUCCGCCUCCCGUGCCAAGCCAAGUGGCGGCGGCUGCGCCUCCACCGGGCUGCUCGGCUGCCGCCGGAGCAGCCGCAGGGGGCCCGGUGCCCGCCUCGCCCUCCUCGGCCUGCAGCACACCGUCGUCUCUGCGGCGCAGCUUGCCACCGCAGCUGCCGCGCUGCCACUCGCAGCCCUGCGACCUGCUGCUGCUCAAACCAGGUCUGAAGAGACGCCGAGACCCCGACCGCCCCUGCGCCCGCCCCGUCCUCGACUUCACCAAGAUGACUCAGACGCGCAGCAUCGACCCGCAGUGUCUGGAGCGCGGUGGCGGCAGGCUGGCCUGUGGCGGGGAUGUCUGCAUGGGCAUGGAACCCUUCAUGGGCGAUUUCCGGGGCUCCUGCUCUCCGGCCGAGUGUCUGGGCAGGAGCAGCAUCGGGCCGCUGAGCGAGAGCGAUGAGGAGUGCCGCGAGGACGACGACGACGACGGGGAGGAGGAAGCGGAUGAGCGUGAGGCGGCGCAGCAGGCGGUGUUUGAGAGGGACUGUACAGAACUGGACUUGAACUUAAUAGAAGAAAACUGACGUAUUUGUAAAUGAAGGCUGUUCUCUGUUUCGGUUUUUUAAUUUGGUUUUAUUUUGAAAGGAUCUGAACCCCUUCCUGGUCCACCGUCGUCAACACUCUGCGCCUCCUUGCCACCAAUCAGCAAGGCUCUCAGGAACAACACCUUCUCUCAUUGGAUGAGCUGGGGUAAAGGAAGCCGACCGACGACAGUGAUGAUGUGACUACCGCUGUCAGAGCCUCGUCGCCGUGGUGACACGUGGAUCCUCCUGCUGAGGGUCUCUGAGAGUAAGUCUGGACGCCGUCAACAAGACGAGACCUGGACACUCUGAGUCCCAGUCCUGCAUCUGACCUUCACUGACCUCUGACCUCUGACACCACCACUCCAAGUUUGACGAGUUCAACAAGCCGCCGUUCAGGUCCCCGGAGACCAGAUGUAGCUGUGACUGGACUCAGACGGUCCAGGUGUCCCCCAGCGUCCUGGCCUCUCGGCGUCCAGGUGUCUUCCAGCUCACCGCGGCUGAGUCUCUGUAACACACACGGUCUGAUGAGGUUGUCGCCAUGGGAACACCUACCUGACGCAUCAUCACCACGCCUGUCAGAGCCUGCACCACAACACACACCAACACCAGUGUGCCGUCAGGAUUUAAAGGGCCAGUUCACCCAAUCAGAAAACACAUUUCCCUUCAUCUUAAAGGUGUAGUUCAGGUGACGUGGGUUUUCUGAUGCUCAGAUCCUUACUCAGUGUGUUACCUGCAGUAGAUUCAGUUUAGAGGAGCAGGAGGAGGAGCACACCUGUACAGGAGCAGAGUGAUGAGCAUCUGUGGGCGGAGUCAGCAGAAGUUUUAACCACUUAAAAAAAAAAAAAUAGCUAAUAUCAGUCGAAGCUUUAUUUUGAAUAAUUUUGCCUCUUUAUCUGCGUCAAAGAGACCUUUACUUUGAAACUACAGUUUGUGAACCGCUGAACAACCGUAUUCCUACGCACAAGUGCACUGUAUUACUCUGCAGAUCAGCUGUUUGAGUCAGACAAGCUAAGCUAGGUGCACUUGUGCGUAGGAAUACGGUCACAAACUGUAGUUUCAAAGUAAAGGUCUGUUUGACGCAGAUAAAGAGGCAAAAUUAUUCAAAACAAAGCAUCAACACAAAGAACCAGCAGCUGCAGUUCCUCUAACGGCCACUAGAGUCUGGCUCCAACAGUGAGUCCGUCCCCAUAGACUCCCAUGUUAAAAUGUCCAACUUUACAGCAGAAAUAAACAUGUUUACAGCCUGGUACAGAAACUGUUCUGGUCUCUGGAGCUAAUUUCCUCCUUCAUGACACUUGUUUAUAUAACUCACCUGUUUAUAUAACUCACCUGUUUACAUUUUAUUAAGGACUACAGUUAUGGAGGAUUGAGGGCGUGGUCUCUUUGAUUGACAGGUGGGGGAGCUUAUGUUUGACUCAAACUGGCUCCACAGGCCCCUCCUCUUUGACCGUUGUUGAAUUAGCUGGGAGUUAGGGGCGGAGUCAGGCAUUGCCAAGAUGGCGACGGUGAAGCAGCUCAUAUCUUUGCUCCUGUACAGGUGUGCUCCUCCUCCUGCUCCUCAAAACUGAAUCUACUGCAGAUAACGCACUGACUAUUUGUCUCUUAGAUUUCUGCCUCUUUUGUUGAAAGCAGGAAAUACAAAAGAAAUCGUGAAAUGUUCACAGGUAAAGCUGCUUAUAUUGAGUAUUGAUCAGUGAUCAGUAAGAGACCAACUGAUGAAAUGAAUCCCUUGAACAGAGACGUUCAAGUUAAAUAUUGAUUUUAAAUCCUUUACUAAAGGAUCUAUAAACAGUAUGGAGGCGUUGCAACGGUAUUGAUCAUGAUAUUGACAAAGCCUCUGACCAGAAUCAAUUAUCUUUCACUGGCACAAAUUUAUUUAUAAAAAUAAAUAUACACUGAAACACACCCAUCACGGCUGCUGAUAAACCCCACACACACACCUGUGUAAACACUAACUGUCAUGUGACCUUGGCGUUGUGAUGCGUUCAGGUUUGCUGGUGUUUUGUGGCGUCAUCCCAUCAGGCUCCACUGAGGGCAGGUAGCCACUGAUGCUGUUGUUCACUAGAGUGUUCACACAUUCCUGUCACACACCUGUCACUGAACUACACUACAAAUACUCACCGUGUGUGUGUGUGUGUGUGUGUGUGUGUGUGUGUGUGUGUGUGUGUGUGUGUGUG